AUGGUCUCCUUCACCACCAUCCUCGUCGCCGCCACGGCCGCCCUUGUCGCGGCCAACCCGGUCCCGCCGUCCAUCGACGAGAUGCGCGAGAUUUACGUCAAGUCGCGCGACCUCCACGCCCGGGGCGGCACCCCCAGCUCCACGGGCACGCACGACGGCUUCUACUAUUCCUGGUGGACCGACAACGGGGCCCAGGCCACCUACACCAACAACGCUGGAGGGUCCUACAGCAUCACCUGGUCCGGCAACGGCAACCUCGUCGGCGGCAAGGGGUGGAACCCGGGGAGUGCUCGCAAUGUCACCUACUCUGCCAACUACCGCCCCAACGGCAACUCGUACCUGUCCGUCUACGGGUGGACGCGCAACCCGCUCGUCGAGUACUACGUGGUCGAGAACUUUGGCACGUACGACCCGUCCUCGCAGGCCUCGCGCAAGGGCACCAUCAACGUCGACGGCGCCACGUACCAGGUCGCCCAGUCGACGCGCACCAACCAGCCGUCCAUCGACGGCACCCGCACCUUUCAGCAGUACUGGUCCGUCCGCCAGCAGAAGCGGAGCUCCGGCACCGUCGACAUGAAGAAGCACUUUGACGCCUGGGCCUCCAUGGGCAUGAAGCUCGGCACCCACGACUACCAGAUCGUCGCCACCGAGGGCUACUUUAGCAGCGGCUCUUCCACCGUCACCAUCCAGCGGUGA